GCACCUGCAGCCCUGUAAGGAAACCAGACGCCACGCAGCUGGGGUCAUCGAAUCGCCCAGCUGAGCGAGGGACUCCAAAAGAAAGGAGUGUCCGGGGUAGCCAGCUGCUAUGGCCUUCCCGCCCUUUGGACACCCGUAUAGCAGUGCAUCCCAGUUUCUGGUGUCUGCAGGGUCCAGUGCCACUUGCUGUGAAACGGCCCCUCGGCCAGUGUCAGAUGUGGCCUCAGCCUCCACCUCUGCCUCUACUCUCUGCUGCACACCCUACGACAGUCGACUGCUGGGCAGUGCUCGGCCAGAACUGGGUGCUGCCUUGGGCAUCUAUGGAGCACCCUAUGCAGCUGCUCAGAGCUACCCUGGGUACCUGACCUAUGGCCCAGAGCCACCCCCACUGUGUGGUACACUGAAUCCUCAGUAUGAGUUUAAGGAUGCUGCAGGAAGCUUUACCCCCAGCCUCACCCAGCCAGGGGCCUAUUACCCCUAUGAGCCAACUCUGGGGCAGUAUCAAUAUGACAGGUAUGGCGGGGUGGAGCUCAGCAGCGCUGGCCGGAGGAAGAACGCCACCCGGGAGAGCACCAGUGCGCUGAAGGCCUGGCUCCACGAGCACCGCAAGAAUCCGUACCCCACCAAGGGCGAGAAGAUCAUGCUGGCCAUCAUCACCAAGAUGACCCUCACCCAGGUGUCCACCUGGUUCGCCAACGCGCGCCGGCGCCUCAAGAAGGAGAACAAAAUGACAUGGGCUCCCAAGAACAAAGGUGGGGAGGAGAGGAAAGCAGAAGGUGGAGGAGAAGAUUCUCUGGGCUGCCUGAAGGGUGACACCAAAGAUGUUACUGCUAGCCGGGAGGCCCAGGGGCUGCGGCUGAGUGACCUGGAAGACCUGGAGGAAGAAGAGGAAGAAGAAGAAGCAGACGACGAGGAGGCGGCAGUCUCAGCAGCCCGCAGGCUGGAAGAUUUUCACAAGAGCUCACAGUCCUUGCCCGCGCCGUGUGCCGCCGCUCAAGAGAGCGGGAUGGAGAGCAGAGAGUGCGGUCUGGCGGUACCCUGCUUCUCCUUUACUGAGGCUCCGCGAUCAGGAGAAGCUGACUUUCUUACGGCAGAGUCAAGUAGCCCCAGGAUGAUCGUGCACUACCCAAGCGGCCAGAAACCCCGCAUUUGGUCCUUGGCUCACACGGCCGCAGCCAGCGCUGUUGAAGGCGCUCCCUCAGCUCCGCCCAGGGCCCGAAGUCCAGAGUGCCGCAUGAUUCCCAGACAGCCCAGCUCCAUCCGGCGACUCCUGGUCCCUAGGGACUCCGGAGGCGAAGAGGAUUCUUGUGCAGCCAAAGCUUUUGGAAACUCCACGUUCACCCUGCAGGGGCUACCACUGAACUGUGCGCCGUGCCCAAGGCGGAGGGAGCCUGAAGUGCGGUUCCAAUACCCUUCUGGAGCAGAAGCAGGUUAGUGCAGUGGCUGCGGUUUGCAGAAGAAUUUUGGACCCGGCUGCUUCUGGAUUCACCUUCAUAUUAAGAAGCUUCCAGGCCUUGGCAGGAAGUGGGAGCUCUCACUUUGCCUAAGACAAACACACAGAACUAUCCUAGCAGCUAUCCUUGCACAGAGGGCUGGGGCUGGCCUGGGAGACGUGCACCUAAUCAGACUUGGAGGGAAGAUGGCAGGACAGCUUGGGAGAAAACACUGUGUGUGAGCAGUGCGCCUUUACCAAGUCUCUCUUCCUCCUCUGGACGGAAGGCAGGAACAGCAUCUCCUGCUCACCCACUCCUGCCUAGCCCACUCACUUUGUAACUUCCUUGCUGAACGGUUUCUAAGACUGUCUGUGUCUCCUUCCCUUUCCAAUUCCCAGGCUAUACCUUAAAAAUA